AUGUGUGAUCACAGCAUUGGUGGUCAUUGUUGUCAUUCGCAUAAAGCCGAUAAUUCCCCAUCGUUUAGCUUGUACUGGUUUAUUGAUACAAAUAAUGUAGAAUGUUUGAAUGAAUCUGUUUCUGGAAGUGGUAAACUUGUUUUCAAGCCUUAUGAGGAUCGUAAAGAUUCAACUGUUUAUGUUGAAAGUGACGUUGAUCAGGAAUUGUUAUUUAAUAUACCGUUUACUGGAAAUAUAAAACUAAUGAGUAUUAUUAUUUCUGGUGCUGAUACCGAACAACAUCCAAGUCAAGUGUCGUUGUACAAAAAUAAACCUUUCAUGACAUUUGAAGAUUUAAGUGCUGAAUGUGAACAAUCACUCGAAUUAACUGUUGAUCCAAAUGGUGAAGUGAUAUAUCCAUUGAAAAUUUCACGAUUUUCUAAUGUGCAAACACUGAGUUUACAUUUCAGUGCUAAUUACGGGGGUGAUACAUCACGGAUUCACUACAUUGGCUUGCGGGGAGAUUAUACACCAGCACCGAGACGAGAAGCUGUUAUUACAAAUUACGAAGUAACUCCAAAUGUUUCCGAUUUAAAAGACAAUAUAUUACAAACCCAGAGUCGUUUUGUUGAAUAA